AGCCAAUGUAUUUAUAAACAAGGUUGAUCUCUUAAAGGUAACGUACUUCAGUAGUUUACAAGUACACUUUAGGAUCUUUUGCAGUAUAAAAAAGACACGAACAACCAAGUAUGAACACGUGGAUCAUCGUAGGAUGUGUGCUGCUGGCUUUUUUAUAUCAGCUGUGGCUGAACCACGUGGAUUACCAGAACAAUGCUCGGAUGGUCCAGUACAUACCUGUCAAUGCGAUCCAAGAGUCUGAUUUGCAGCAGUCGUACUAUGCUGUUGCUACCGCUGAAGCGACACACGGAAUCGGGGCUAAUGGUAACGUUAUAUCGGAGGAUGCAAGGCGAGACCUUGAUAAAGCUGAUGCGUACAAUGUAGAGGCUGCUUCUAGUCGUAAGAAGACUCUGCGCUUCCUCACAUAUAAUAUCUUCAUACGACCGCCGGGAAUACAAUCUGCGGGAACUGACUACAAGGAUUUGCGCUUGCAACUCCUACCCUCAGUUCUUGCCGAGUAUGAUGUUAUUUGUUUGCAGGAGUUGUUCGGGACAGGCUCCGAUCGACGAAACAGGCUUUUGAGUGAUUUAGCGAAGCAUGGUCUUGGCUACUCUGUCUUCCUUCCCUACCAACUGGGGUAUUUUCCACCGAAACUCAUUGACGGAGGGGUGACGAUAGUAUCCCGAUAUCCGAUAGAGUUCUCUGACUUCUUCGUGUACAGUGAUGCAUACUUAUUCACGGCGGAUGUGUGGACAUCCAAAGGCAUCCUUCUUGCACGUGUACAGGUACCGCAAGCUGACGGAAAUCCCUUGUCGGUGGACGUGUAUAGCACACACAUGCAGGCGCAUGACGCAGAAGACGACAGGUAUACAAGUGUGAGAUACAAACAAAUUAAGGAGAUGCUGGCCUUUGUGAAAAGACACUCGGGUACUGAGAAUCAUAUAGUCAUAGCCGGAGACUUUAAUGUCAAUGGAAGAGUUUCCCGGAGUGAUGAUCGAGACGGUCCGGAAUACCUCAGCAUGAUGAGUCUCUUUGGAUCAGACAGCGCUGAUGGGCGAGAAUGGAUCGAUGUAUUGAGAAGGGCCAAUGACGGCCGUCAGAUUAUCACCGGAGGAGAUGAGUAUAAUGUGCCAAAAUUCGGAGCGUCAAAGCCAAAACCUGUUAGCUGUAGUAAGCGUUUAGAUUACAUAAUGACAUCGCAAGGCACCGAAGGGAAAUUCAGUGCCGUGAACAUCGCGGUCCAACCGUUUGAAUAUAACGAUCGAGAUGAUAUCAGCCGCCUGUCAGAUCAUUUGGCACUCAGUGCCAAACUGCAGUGGGAUUGAUUGUAUAUCCUCAACUCGUGUUAAAUUUGAGGUCUUUUGUAUAUAUAGCUCGCUACUGGCACAACUAGAUUCGAUAUGUUUGCUAGUGUGUCAGAAUCGAAGUGCAAGAAUAGUUUUUGAAUAUAAUGGUGUGAAUUGGCGCGUCAUUCUAUUGUGCAAGUUUUGCUCCCUCAGUGCUCCCUCAGUAGAUAAUUUUUUCUUCUUCAUAGUAAUUCAUCUCAUUACCGAAUGCAAGUAGACAUACUAUAUAGGUUACCAAUCUUUCGAGGGCAAAAUAGUAUAUUCAAUUUUGUAUGUUACUGAAGUUGCGGACUACAUACCAG